AACAACUCCGAAAACCCGCAGUUCAAUUAUUGCAAACCCCACAGCCUUUUUUUACUCCACACAUCCCAAAACCCCAUAAAUUCCACCGCAGCUCCCACCUCAUCUUCUCCUUUCCUUAAGCUAGAGCCCAGCUACCUCACCUCCAACUCCAAACAACCAUGUGUUUUUUACUUCCACUUUUCAAACUACUACUACUACUCAUCACUGUUCCACUUCUUUCUCUCAUCACCUCCUCCGCCACCCUUUCUUACCCUCACUUUCAACUCUUUAACGUCAAUGAAUCAAUUGCCGCCACAAAAACGCAGUUUCAUGAUGGUGAAGAGGUGGAAUUUCAAUACCAUAAUGAUACUUCAGGGAAAUGGAAGCUUAAACUUUUACAUAGAGAUAAACUAUCAUCGACCACCAAUAACUCACACGAUCAUCGUCACCGUUUUCAUGCUCGCAUUCAAAGGGACGUAAAAAGGGUGGCUUACCUUACACGUCGUCUCGCCGGCAGUAACCACUACGUGGAGGAUUUCGGGACUGACGUGGUGUCUGGCAUGGAGCAAGGGAGUGGAGAAUAUUUUGUAAGAAUAGGAGUUGGUAGCCCACCAAGAAGUCAAUUUAUGGUUGUUGACUCUGGUAGUGAUAUUGUUUGGGUUCAAUGCCAACCUUGUAAUCAAUGUUACAAACAAUCAGACCCAGUUUUUGACCCUGCUGAUUCCGCAUCUUUUUCCGGCGUAUCUUGCGGCUCCGCUGUCUGUGACCUUCUCGAGAACGCCGGUUGCCAUGCGGGUCGCUGCCAUUACGAGGUGUCAUACGGUGAUGGGUCGUAUACUAAAGGUACGCUAGCGCUUGAAACGCUCACUAUGGGUCGGACCGCGGUCCGAAACUUGGCAAUCGGGUGCGGGCAUAGAAACCAAGGAAUGUUUGUUGGAGCUGCCGGGUUGUUGGGCCUCGGAGGGGGAUCAUUGUCAUUUGUGGGGCAAUUGGGUGGCCAAACUGGGGGUGCAUUUUCUUAUUGUUUAGUGAGUCGGGGCACCGGUGCUUCCGGGUCAUUGGAAUUCGGUCAUGGAGCAUUGCCCGCGGGUGCUGCAUGGGUUACUUUGGUACGUAACCCACAGGCUACAAGUUUCUACUACGUUGGACUUUCGGGUCUUGGCGUUGGAGGCAUGCGGGUACCAAUAUCCGAAGACAUUUUCCGACUAAAUCAAUUGGGUUAUGGUGGGGUGGUUAUGGACACUGGAACUGCCGUGACUAGGCUGCCAACAUUGGCCUAUGAAGCAUUCCGUGAUUCAUUUAUAGCACAAACUGGAAACCUACCUCGGGCAUCCGGAUCAUCCAUGUUUGAUACUUGUUAUAACCUAUUUGGGUUUGAAUCGGUUCGGGUACCAACCGUAUCAUUUUACUUCUCAGGCGGGCCAAUCCUGACACUUCCAGCCAAUAACUUUCUAAUUCCGGUGGAUGAUGUUGGAACAUUUUGCUUUGCAUUUGCUCCAUCUCCUUCAGGACUUUCCAUAAUAGGGAACAUCCAACAGGAGGGGAUUCAGAUUUCUUUUGAUGGAGCAAAUGGGUUUGUGGGAUUUGGUCCCAGAGUUUGCUGAGUAUAAAGUCAUUAGUGAAUUUUUGCUAGUAUAUAUAUUAUAAUUUAGAUGUCAUGUGGUCAUUUUCCUACUUAAGUAUAUUAUGGAGUUUGGAUGUAAAGUUAGUAAAUGUGAUUGUGAUUGUAUAAAGGUUUAUUUUAUGAAAAGAAGGAAUAGCAGUGAUUAAACAGA